CCACUUUCGGCAAAAAACGUUGUCACCCGGUGACAUUUCCGUUCGGUCGUGUCGGCUUUUUUGAUGUGCCGCGUCUCGAUCCGUCAUUAUAAUCGUAAGUUAACGUUCCAGAAGGCUCAGAAUCAAAUCGUAAGUUGACGCACGGCUCGGCCCCACAAUCAGUAAAGCACCGCGUUAUUACGAAUCCGCAACGGCCCCCGCGGACACAACCAAAAUGCCAUCGGCGGCUAACGUCAAAAUUGACAAGCAGCAAAUCGCCGGCGAGGGUUCUACCAACGCUACGGUCGUGGUGGGCGACCCCUCAGUUACUGGCCCCAAUUCAACAAACCCCUUACGACAAGCCAUCAUCACCAUCGAACAUAAAAUACGAAAUUUAGAGAAACGAAAGGCAAAAUUAAUAUCAUAUAAACAACUACAAAGUUCUGGAAAGGAACUGAAUCAAGAUCAAAAGACGGCGAUAGCGAAAUUUGACGAAGUUGUACAAACGCUGGAUUUUGCUCGCGAUUUAUGCAAGCAAUUUAUUGGAUUGGCGCUUGUUUCUGAAAAGGAAGCGAAAAAGCAAGCGCGGAAAGAUGCUUUGGCAAAAAGUCAAUCUGAAUUGGCCAAAGUGCGUGAAGUACUUCUUGUGCAGGACGCCUUAACUCAAAUGGGACAAGAAAAUAUUAGGGACGAUUUUCUACAUGGAAGGAAUGGUGCUGCACAACUCAGCGAGACUGAUUUGAAAUUAUUAGACGAUUUGUAUACGAAUGUAACUCCCAAGCAUGAACCGGGUGAUUCUCAAAUAUUUUGCACCCAAAUUCAAGGCGCUGCAGAACAUUUGCUUGCUGUUGUUGAUGGUAAACCAAAGGAAAUCUUUGGAAGCACUUACGGACAUAUAAAAGACAUCAUUGGGAAGAUUCACGAAAGCGGAUAUUUCGAUCAAUCCCAGCAGGAACAAUUUGUUGAAGUUGUUGAUGUUGAAACCGAAGAAGGCGUCGUUGAAGCCACCCCUUCGUUGGAAAUAAUUAACCAUGAGAUGAUUGAAUCGAUUGACUCGAUUACGAUCGAGGCUCGGCCGCCACCGCCGCUACCCGUAGUUCAACCUUUAACGCCUGUUCAACCACCGCAACCGGUUGAGCCACCUCCGAUGGUGCCGGUAAUUCCGGCCGAUCAACAACCUAUUUAUUAUGCUGCCGCUCCGCAACAUCAGCCCCCCCAACAACCGCAACAGCAACCACAACAACCACCUCCAAGACCACUUUCCGAUGUCUUAGGAAAUGGAAGCUUCACUUUUUUGCAGGAUUCAGAAUUAGACACUCCACCAGAACAAAUUCCAAGUCAAACAUUUACCAAUCAAAGUUAUGUGCAAGGUCCGCCGCCUCCAAUUCCAAUGCCCCCACAUUUCCAACCGUAUCCGCAGCCGAUACCUCCUCAACAACAACAAGCGCAGCAGCAACAACAACAACCCCCACCGCCUCAACAACUUUCGCCGUCCGUUCCUCAACAAACCAAUAAUUUGGAUGAGGCGAACCAUCAUGAUCAUCAAAUGAAUGACGUACAAAAGCAACGGGGUGGUCGUCCGCGCGCUGUUGGCGGGAAUCAACAACAACCGUUUUACGCGAAUAACAACGGAUAUAGUAAUCGACAGCGGCAAAAUAGAAACGGCCCAGGACCGAGGUCAUCGAAUAAUAAUAACAGACAUAACCAAUAGCCAACGGAGCGCGACCUUCUUUCCUGUUUCCUAACUAAUAAUAACAAUAGCAUUUUCCAAGAAGCAGUUGUGUGAGAAGUUGAGAUGUGUACAACGUCAAUUUGCACGCAAAUGCGAAAAAAGCGAUAUAAAGAUGAUGAUGGACUAAAAAAAAUUAAAAAAAAAAAAUGAGACCGGCAUAAAUUAUUAACAAUAAUGAUAAUAAAAUUAAAAAUAAAAAGAAUAAUUGGAAACGGGGAUAACCACCUGUAAAUCGAAAUUGCGUUAAGUUAUUAUUAUUAUUUUUAGUUCAUUUUGGGUCCCGCAUUAUAAUUGUACAUGUGUAAGUGAAUGCAACACUGUUUAACAAUUUUUCGUUUUCCUCAGUUAAUAAGUGUAGUGUAAUUAAUUACUUAUUGCACAACUGUAUUCAAUUUAUACAGGGCAGUGUAAAUAUUUACCGUUUACGCAUUUUAUGUACUACUAUUACUACAAUGUAUAAGUAGGUUUUCUUUUUGUUCUUCUUUCCAAUAAGGUUUAUGUAACACGGUUCGUUUUUACCUUUUCAGUAUCGAUGAACCCUAGAUAUUUAAACUAAAAAAUAAAAUAUAAUAGACGUUCAUUCUUUCUAAGUGAUACUAUUUUGUUUUUCUUUUUUAUGCGAUCGGCAAAUUUAUUUUCAUUAAAUUAUAAAAUUUCAGACAUUUAAUUAAAGCGAUUUUACCGCCGAAAA